AUGAGGAAUGCACGUGCUUGCGAAGCUUGCAGAGCAAGUAAAAACCGAUGCUUCUUUGCCGAUGGCACUACAAUAUGCCAGAGAUGCGACCAAGCCAAAAGUCGAUGUGUCGUUCGAGAGAAAGCCAGACCAAGACGUGCUCGACGUACUGUACGUCCAGAGAGUAGUACAAAAUUAGAUGAUACCGGAAGCCCAUUAUCAUCCGCCCCCUCGCUUUCUGCUGAUAACCCCUCGAAAGAUGGGGGGUUUUCUCUUGAUCUUCCCACAACAAUAUAUCAUGAUUCAGCCAAAGACACUGAAAUUCUUCAGAACCAUCAUAAACGGGUCUUCAAAGAAGAUAAAUCGCGAUCGCCUAGCCCAUUGAAGGGUACACUACCCGUACCAUCCAAAUACAUCUCCGGUCGCAAACUCACAUUAUCCCAAGCGACACACCUCCUCGAUUCCUAUAUUCCCAAACUUCCAUUUUUCCCUUUCGUCACUCUCCCCGCAAACCCCACAAUUCGGGCCCUGUCCCAACAAUCUCCCUUCCUGCUUUUGGCCAUCCUCACCACCGCCGCUAGCCCACAUCCAUACCUUCAUCAUCAACUAGACCAGGAGUUCCGUCGUGUGUUAAGUCUCAAAUUAAUCGUCGAGUCGCAAAAGUCCCUUGACUAUCUUCUUGGUCUUCUAGUAUAUAUAGCCUGGUAUCCCGUGCAUACCAAACCACAACACAAUCCAUGUCUUACUUACAUGAACCUCGCCAAUUCCUUGGCUUUAGACUUAGGACUCGAUCAAGCAGAGCCUCAAACUGCUCUGUUUCGAGAAUUUGAUUUGAAGGGACUUGUGGAUAGCGAUGGCGCGUGGACGAUGGAGGCUAGAAAAGCUUACAUGGGAUGUUAUGUUUUGGGUUCUCAUCUUUCUAAGGGAUUCAAUAAACCACAAACCAUGUCCUACGAGAAUCUUCUUCCUAGUAAUCCGAAUACCUUCAUUCCGUCACACAUGACCACACCGGCAACAGCUAUUGUGAUACUUGAGCGUGUGGCUGAUCGUAUCAACGAUGCAUGGACCGCAAAGAACUAUCCACAAAUGGACGUCUUCAGCACCGACUUGUACGUCCAAUUAUUCACCUCUGAACUAGACACCUGGAAACGAAACGUACCAGAAUCAAUUGCUUCUUCACCACUCCUCGCUCUAUAUCACAAACACACCCAUUUCUCAAUCUAUGCCCACUCCCUCCGUCUUCUCCGUCGUCCCUACCGUCCCUUCGUCCCCGGAACCACAGAAGCCAUUCCCUCCCCCGAACAUCUCAACAUCUGUCUCCGUCUCGGCGCAUCCUACUUCCAACAUCUUCUCUCACUCCCCACUUCAGACUACACCCAUUUCAAUCUAAUUCACUGGUCACAACUCGUACACUCCCUCGUCGGACUCGUACGACUCACAUUCGUGCUCGCUCACGUGGAAAACUGGUCUGCGGAAACCACGCGCGAGAAAGUGGGGCUGAGUAUGUAUUUAGAAGCAUUAUGUUUUAGACUCAGUAGUCUAUCAUCGAAUUCACAAGUUUCUUCCGGUGCGGAUAUCGAAUCUAGGGAAAGUGGGACGAGGGAUGAGGGAAGUAGUAAUGGAAAGAGAAAACACUAUGAUAAAUAUUUCGUGAUGCAUGGGAUGUUGACUGCGCUUAAGAAAACGUGGGAGCAGAGAGUAGAGGCGAUAGUUCCGAAAGCGUCAGUGAUUUCUAGGGGAAAAUGUCCAAUGUUUGAUCCGGAGAUGGCGCCGCUAUUGGAGAAUACAAAUAUGAAUUUCGAUUUUGGGGAUAUGGCGGCUUGGGAUGAUGGUUUUGGGGAGGGAAUGGCGGGAUGGGAUGUGGAUAUGGGGGGUAUUGGGAUGGGUACUUCUACCAGUACAGGUAUCAAGACACCGGGAGAUGGAGAGACGGGGUUACAAACGAUAAGUAGUCAUGCUGGAACACCAGGGAGAAUUGGAACUGGAAUUUCCAUGUCGGAUGGAAGGAUAGAGCAGCAGCGAGGUGCAGGCACACUUUAUCAUGAUUUAUGGGCAACAAUGACAUGUUCAUGGUCCGAACAAUCUCCUAGAUGGCCGACAGAGAUGGUUCCUGAAAGCACUGGUACUAGUAGUAAUGAAGCGAUUUUCGGGUAUCAAGUUAACGAAGGUUAG